UUAUUUUGAAGUAAAGCGGAAACGGCCCGCAGCGUUGUUGCACUCGCAUCGCCUCGCGCUGCGCCAGCUGGAGCUCGCGGCAAACAUGGAGGUUCCGUGACCAUGAAGCUUCGAGGCGCGCGGAACGAACCAGGGGAGCGCCGCUGUCCUCGCUCCGGUUUCCAGAGAAGGAAGGAAAUAAUGCCGACGCGGCGGAUCGGCUGACGCAGACGACAUCUGAGUGCAGGCAUGGCCGAGGAGAAUUGCCCCCAACUGGUGGACUACUUCGUUGUGGCAGGACUUGACCCCACGGGGGCCUGGAGGCCUCUGGAUGAGGAUGGGCGGAGCUCGUCUUCGUCCUCUGCGUCAUCUUCGCCGGCGGCGCGGGCCGCAGAGCCGGUGACGGACCUGGUGGUGAUCUCCCGGGGUUUGGGGGAGGAGGUGCCCGAGGGCUUCACCUGCAUCGAGAAGACCUUGGGGGGUCACUCUGCUGAGCUGAGCGCCAGCCUCCUGAACAACCCCCACCUGUACCUGUGCUACCGGCGGGGGUGGGACAAGCCGCCUAUCGUGGACCUUGGGGUUCUGUAUGAGGGGAAGGACCAGCUGAAGACAAACUGGUACGUCAUCGAGACCACACCCUACAGCCGCUCUGCCAGCCUGAGCUCGGGCGGCGCCCCCACGGCCCACCGGGUCUUCGUGACGUACCGGCGGGCCACGGACUCCCAGGGCCUGCACACGCUGGGUGUCACUGACAUCGCGCUGCUGCUGCCGAGCAAAGGAGAGGUGGCGCCGCACACCUUCUGCCGGGUCAACAAGAACCUGAACACAGGGAUGUGGGGUCCGGCUCUGUUCCUGUGCUUCAAGAGAGCGGUGGCCAAAGCCAACGCGCUGCUGUUCGAGGCCGGUCUGAUCAGCCGGUACCCGCAGGAGGACCUGGAGGCCUUCCCCCUGCCCGAGUCCGUGCCCGUCUUCUGUCUGCCCAUGGGGGUGUCUGUGGAGAGCUGGCCGCUGAACACCAAGUACCAGCUGCCCGUCUUCUCCACCUUUGUUCUGACCUCCGCCUGCGGGGACAAGGUUUAUGGCGCCGCCCUCCAGUUCUACGAGUCGUUCUCCAGGGAGCUGCUGUCGGAGCGGCAGAGCGUCCGGCUGGGCCUGCUCAGCGUGGUGGACCGGCGGCCCAUUGGCAGCCGCAGCGUCCACGGGAAGAAGAGCAUCUGCGUCCUCUCCCACUGGCCCUUCUUCACCGUCUUCCAGAAGUUUCUGACCUUCAUCUACAGAUACUCCAUCUCUGGACCGCACGUCCUGCCGCUGGAGAAACACAUCUCCAGCUUCAUGCACAACGUCCCGUUCCCCUCCCCCCAGCGGCCUCGCAUUCUGGUUCAGCUCUCGCCAUACGACAACCUGCUGCUGUGCCAGCCUGUGUCCUCGCCCCUCCCUCUCAGCGGUGCCAGCUUCCUGAAGCUGCUGCAGAACCUGGGUCCGGAGAACACCUGCACGCUGCUGCUGGCCGUCCUCAUCGAACACAAGCUGCUGCUGCACUCGCUGCGGCCCGACGUCCUGACCGCCGUCAGCGAGGCGCUCGUCUCUAUGACGUUCCCGCUGCGCUGGCCGUGUCCCUACAUCCCUCUGUGCCCGCUGCAGAUGGCCGACGUUCUGCUGGCGCCCAUGCCCUUCAUCGUUGGCGUCCACUCCAGCUACUUUGACCUGUACGACCCCCCCGGGGAAGUGGUGUGCGUUGACCUGGACACCAACACCAUAUUCCAGUCAGACGAUAAAAAGCUGUUGUCAUGGCGAUCGUUACCCAGGAAACCUGGCAAGACUCUCUUUAACACGCUGAGCGGCCUCCACAAGACCCUCCAGAGCAUUUGCAGUCCCGGCCUGGAGGAGGCGACGCUGGAGUUCCUGCUGACCGACUACGACCAGAUCUACAGGCGUCAGAAGCAGCUGGAGCUGGAGAUCCAGGAGGCCUUCCUGCGCUUCAUGAGCUGCCUGCUGCGAGGAUACCGCGCCUUCCUGCUGCCGAUCACGCAGGCGCCGUCCGACACGGCCACAGACUGCAGCUCCCUGUUCAACCUGCAGGGCUUCCUGAAGUCUCGCGAUCGGACGCAGCAGAAGUUCUACGCCCAGCUGACCAAGACUCAGAUGUUCACACAGUUCAUCCAGGAGUGCUCCUUCGUCAGCGACCGCCACGCCUGCCUGGAGUUUUUUGACGAGUGCGUGCAGAAGGUGGAUGUGGAGAAGCCGGAGGAGGUGAGGCUGAUUGAUCUGGAGGAGACGCACAGUGGAGAGCACACCGUCUUCAUCAUGCCCCCCGAGGAGCCGCAGGAGGCUGACGGCUCUGAAUGCCCCGCCCUCUACAGCUACGAGACCUUCCCCGUCCUGAACCCGGACCUCCUGGAGCGGCCGCAUGACCGGCUGCGUGUCCCGGCCAAAGGCAGCCCCCCCAGCAGCCCCGCCCCCCGACGCACCAAACAGGAGAUCAAACUGGCCCAGAAGCGAGCCCAGAAGUACUCUGCGGUGCCAGAGAUGUGGUCCAAGUGUCUCCUGGGUCACUGCUACGGCCUGUGGUUCAUCUACCUGCCCACCUUCGUGCGGGCGGAGGCCGCCAAGGUCCGCGCGCUGCACACGGCCUACGAGGUCCUCAAACACAUGGAGAACCGCAAGGUGGUUCUGCCGGACGAGGUGUGUUACAGGAUCCUGAUGCAGCUGUGUGGUCAGUACGGCCAGCCGGUCCUCGCCGUCAGGGUUCUUCUGGAGAUGAAGAAGGCGGGAAUCACCCCCAACACCAUCACCUACGGCUACUACAACAAGGCCAUCCUGGAGAGCAAGUGGCCCUCCACCAGUCAGGGCGGGCGGCUCCGCUGGGCCAAGCUGCGCAACGUCCUGUUGGCCGUGGCCCAGUUCAGACAGCCAAUCAGAGCGCGGGAGAAGAGCGGCUCCGGGGGCUCCAGAGGAGGUCAGGCGUGUUCAGACUCCGUGGUUGCUGAGGAUCUGAGGCUCCGCCCCCACUCUGCUCUGAUUCGUCAGUCCAGUUGGAGCGGUCUGAGCGAGAGCUCCAGCCACGAGUCUCUGAGCGGCCCGCUGGUGAAGAGCAGCAGCCUGAGCAGCAUGAGGCCGCCCGCCGACAAAACCAAACCCUCCCGGCGGAGCGUUCUUCCCCACGCCGGCACCAACGGCUGCGCCGCCUCCCAGAAACCUCCUUUGGGGCUGCGGGACGGCUCCACGGCGCCCCCCGGCGGAGCGGUGGUUCCUCGCAGUCAGGUCUGCCUCUCGUCCUUCUACAAAGACUGCGCAGAGGCCGACUGCAGCUCCUGCGAGCCGGAGGACGCAGACGGCAGACCCCCACCCCUGUCUGAGAGCGCCGCCAGGAGGACGGCGGUGGACGAAAACUGUAACAACGUGUCCUCACCGAGCAGGGGGCUGGCAGGGAAGCUGCAGCAGCUCCUCACACCAACCAAAAAAGGGGCGGGGCGACGAGCAGCCAGUGUGGAUGACCGCCGCCCGGGAGGAGGGAGGGGCAUCGGGCGAAGGGUGUCGGACCAGAGGCAGUCCAGGAAAGCUCAGGUGGCUGAGACGCUGCUGAAGGCCAAGGAGAGGCUGGUCAACGCCACGUCAGAGAGCUCGCUGUCUGUAGGAAGUGACCUGGACUUGUUAGACACGCCCACUCCAGUGUUCCCUCUGCGCAGAUCCUGGGACUCCAACCAGGAGGGGGCGGGCAUGGAGGUUCUGAUGUCCAGCUGCUCGCUGUGUCGCAGCUGCAACUCUCUGGUCUACGACGAGGAGAUCAUGGCGGGAUGGACGUCCGACGACUCCAACCUCAACUCUUCCUGCCCCUUCUGCUCCGCCCCCUUCGUGCCCUUCCUGAACGCCGAGAUCUGCGACCUCGGACCCGUCAGCAGUACCGAGCGCGGCAACCUGAACCUGGAGGACGAGGUGGAGAGCGCUGUGAGGCCCCCCAGUGGCCCCGAGCCCCCCCAGCAGGCCCAGUGUAACGGUCUGAGCGAGGACUCCAGCUCUGAGACCAGCAAGACCACCACCGCGAGCUUGUCGAUGGGCGGGACUCCUCAGGUCACGGUGGCCUACCUGAGCCCCCUGGUUCUGAGGAAGGAGCUGGAGAGCCUCCUGGAGAACGAGGGCGAGGCGGUUCUGGCGCAGCCGCAGUUCCUGGAGAACCACUCCAUCCUCUUCUGGAACCUGGUCUGGUUCUUCCACAGACUGGGCCUGCCCUGCAACCUCCUGCAGAUGGUCAGGAGCUCGCCGCUGGUCAGCACGCUCAGCCAGCUGGACACCUGCGCGGUUAGGAUCCGCCUCCUGUGGGACACCCUGACCCCAGACACGGACCAGUGGCCUCCCCUCUACAUCCUGUGGAGGAUCCACAGCGGCGCCUCCAUGAGGAUCUACAGCUGGAGGAGGCACAACCACCCCUUCAGCCUGUCCUUCCUGGAGGAGAUGCUGCGCUACGUGGGCAUGAACGAGGUGCACAAGGCCGUCACGCUCUUCCUGGAGACGCUCGCCAAGCAGGGCUCUCCCCGGAUCCAGAGGAGUCUGUACAGAGAGCUGCUCUUCCUCACUCUGGCCGCCAUGGGCAAAGACCACGUAGCGGCCUUUGAUAAGAAGUAUAAGGCGGCGUGCUCGCGGCUCGCCGGCGCCAUGAGUCAGGACGAGCUCCGGAAGAAGCGGGCUCUGCCCCCCAGCACCAAAGCCAUCGACUGCCGGCGCAGCUUCCACCCCCCCCUGGAGUGCUGAGAGGUCUUCGGGGACAGUGGCAGCUGGGGCACCACCCCCCAGUCUCCAACACCGGCCCUUCGGUGGGACACGGGGUCCUGGACCGGAUGUGAUGCUCAGAGACGGACUCUACAUCCUGAGAACCAUCUUCUGGUUCUCCAGACCAGGUUCUCAUCCGGAGCAUCGUUCUUCUUCAAACCUGGGAACAGUUCUGGUUCCUGAAGCUUCCGCUGAACAGAACUUUGUUCUGCAUAUCAGAGAUGAAAGAGGUUCUCUGAAGGCAGUCCACUCCUCACCUGCCAGCCGCCUGAAGACCCCAAAGCGGGGGCUCUCUGCCAGCUCCCUGAAGUUCUCCUGGUCUCCCUGACCUUCCUGCAGGUCACGCAGAGCCUCCAUCGUGGACUGAGCGGUCAGACUGAGCCCCCAUUCUGUAAAUAUGAGACCGGUUUGUCCUUCUCACCUCCUCAGAACCUGCAUGAAGAGUCCCGAAGCUCCACCCAGACAGGAAGUCUGAAGAUGAUGUAGUGACAUCACUUCCUGUUGAACUACAACAAUUUACUGUUAAAUUGUUACAGUUUAUUUAUUGAUGUCAUUUCGGAACCAGAAGAUCUCCACUGAGCAUGCUCAGUUCCUUUUUAACUCCCUCAACGCUCUCUUGAUGAUCACCUUUUAUCUAACUCCUCCCCAUGAGUCAUGACUCCUCCCCAUGAGUCAUGACUCCUCCCCAUGAGUCAUGACUCCUCCCCAUUAGUCGUGACUCCUCCCCAUGAGUUAUGACUCCUCCCCAUGAGUCAUGACUCCUCCCCAUUAUUCGUGACUCCUCCCCAUGAGUCAUGACUCCUCCCCAUGAGUCAUGACUCCUCCCCAUUAUUCGUGACUCCUCCCCAUGAGUUAUGACUCCUCCCCAUGAGUCAUGACUCCUCCUCUCACAUCUUUCUGGAUGGUCUGAGCAUUUGCGGUUCUGUUGGACCUGCACUGAUGGUGUUGAAGUUUUCUGUCUCUCCUCAUUGCUCUGGUUGGAUUGGCCUUCGCUCAGAGCAGCCGGGUCCGACCAGAACCAAACCCUGAGUUUGCUGUUAUUUAUUUCUGGCUGUGAUUUCAGGUGUACAUGUUUGUUUUUUAAGAAAACAGAAUAAAACGACUGUUCUGAAACUGAA